CGCCCGUAGGUAAUAGUGUCGAGUGCCGAUCGACGAGAACCCCGAGCUGGGCAAAGGGGCUGCUGGCGGCGGCGCAGUCUCUAAGCGGUAUGAGUUUGGCUGGGGGCCGGGCCCCACGGAAAACCGCUGGAAACCGGCUUUCUGGGCUACUGGAAGCAGAGGAGGAAGAUGAGUUCUACCAGACAACUUACGGGGGUUUCACCGAGGAGUCGGGAGAUGAUGAGUAUCAAGGAGACCAGUCUGACACGGAGGAUGAGGUAGACUCUGACUUUGACAUUGAUGAAGGAGAUGAACCAUCCAGUGAUGGAGAAGCCGAAGAGCCAAGAAGGAAGCGCAGAGUGGUCACCAAAGCCUAUAAGGAGCCUCUAAAGAGCUUGAGGCCUCGCAAGGUCAGCACCCCAGCAAGCAGCUCCCAGAAGGCCAGAGAGGAGAAGGCACUGUUGCCAUUGGAGCUGCAGGACGAUGGCUCUGACAGCCGCAAGUCCAUGCGUCAGUCUACAGCAGAGCACACACGACAAACGUUCCUUCGGGUUCAAGAGAGGCAAGGACAGUCCCGAAGGCGGAAGGGUCCGCACUGUGAGCGACCACUAACCCAGGAAGAGCUGCUCAGGGAGGCCAAGAUCACUGAAGAGCUCAAUUUACGUUCUCUAGAGACCUAUGAAAGGCUGGAGGCUGACAAAAAGAAGCAGGUUCAUAAGAAGCGCAAGUGCCCUGGGCCAAUAAUCACCUACCACUCAGUGACGGUGCCCCUUGUUGGGGAGCCUGGUCCCAAGGAGGAGAAUGUGGACGUGGAGGGCCUUGAUCCUGCUCCUACAGCCCCUGCGCUGACGCCACAUGCUGGGACUGGAGCCGCCGCCCCUCCUGCUCACUGCUCACGCACCUUCAUCACGUUCAGUGAUGAUGCAACAUUUGAAGAGUGGUUCCCCCAGGGUCGACCCCCAAAGGUCCCUGUUCGGGAGGUCUGCCCAGUGACCCACCGUCCAGCUUUGUACCGGGACCCUGUUACAGACAUACCCUAUGCCACUGCUAGAGCCUUCAAGAUCAUCCGUGAGGCAUACAAGAAGUACAUUACCGCCCACGGACUUCCACCCACUGCCUCAGCGCUGGGCCCCGGGCCCCCACCUCCCGAGCCACUCCCUGGCUCUGGGCCCCGAGCCUUGCGUCAGAAGAUCGUCAUCAAAUAGAGAUACCUGACCCCUAGACCUCUCUCUCCUGGCUCUCCAGCCCACCCCCCUCCGAUCGCUGUUCUUGCUGACCUUUGCCAUUCUCUUUCCUCAGUUCCUCCCUAGUUCAUUCUGUUUGCUUGUGCUAUUUGUUUUUUUAAUCUAAUAAAAUGAUAAAAUCCU